UCUUUUUUUUCCUCCAAGGGCCUGAAACUUAUUUGGGGGUACAUUCUCAAGAGCCAUCAAAUUUCCUGUCUCAGAAACCAGUGGUACAAGAAGAAGAAGAGGUCAUGAUAGCACAUACCCACAAAGAGACUGCUGAUCAUGAAUAUGCAUCCAGAGGAUGUAGAAACAAAUGCCAUUCACACUUGCAUGACACUCUAGGGCAGUCAGAUCAUCUCAGUCAUCAUCACCAUGAUUACCAUCAUAUUUUACAUCACCAUCAUCAUCAAAACCAUCACCCACAUAGCCAUAGCCAGCGGUAUUCCCGUGAAGAAUUGAAAGAUGCUGGUAUAGCUACUUUAGCCUGGAUGGUAAUAAUGGGAGAUGGUCUGCAUAACUUCAGUGAUGGUCUCGCAAUUGGGGCUGCUUUCACUGAAGGUUUAUCUAGUGGCUUAAGUACAUCUGUUGCAGUCUUUUGUCAUGAGUUGCCACAUGAAUUGGGAGAUUUUGCUGUACUUCUGAAAGCUGGUAUGACAGUCAAACAAGCUGUUCUUUAUAAUGCUCUCUCAGCUAUGCUAGCAUACCUUGGAAUGGCUACUGGGAUACUUAUUGGCCACUAUGCUGACAAUGUUUCCAUGUGGAUCUUUGCCCUCACUGCUGGUCUGUUCAUGUAUGUUGCUCUUGUUGAUAUGGUGCCUGAAAUGCUUCACAAUGACGCUAGUGAUCAUGGAUGCAGCCGCUGGGGAUAUUUCCUAUUACAAAACGCAGGAAUUCUAUUGGGCUUUGGUAUCAUGUUACUUAUCUCUGUGUUUGAACAUAAAAUUGUGUUCAGCAUAAACUUAUAGUAUUGCAUUCAGACGCAGAGCUGCACUUGAGGAGGAGUAAGAAUUUUUGCCAGUUUCUUGUGCCUCCUGAAAAAUUGCUGUAGAGGCUCAGUGAUCCUCCAGGGAGGUAUGAGAGAUGCAGAGGUGCAGGGUGAUGGAAAAAAUUGUGAAACCACCUCCCUUUCUUCAUCCAGGGAUAAAUCUCUGAAGGAUCACAAUUGCUUCCACAAACUGAACUUUCUUUGUUCAUUGAAGUAGUACACUGCUUUAAAUGCAUGUUUUAUUUUUCAUACUAUUGAUAUUGUCUGUACAGUUUAAUUGUAGGCACUUCCCCCCCAUUAGUCACAGAGAUUUUAAUAGUAAAAACUUGCACAAAUUGCAGUGGAUUACCAGUAGCGAAGUGAGAAAAUUGGCUUAUUAAAUAUUACCUUUUACCAAACAUAGUGAAAAUUAAAACUAUAAAUAGUUUGUAACUUGCAAUUUCUUUUAAAAAAGUAAUAUUGCAAAUAUAGUUAGAGCAUGCAUUGCCAGAGUUUGUCUUGUAUAUAUUAAAGUAGUACAAACAUGUCAACCGUUGCUUUUAAUAGGGCUGAUGUAGAAAAACCUAAAAUUACCACUUUUAUUCUUGUAAAAGUGGGAGAGAACAGUUAUGUUACUGCAAACAUGUAUUCCAAUGAAGAUAUCUAAUAUUUUGUUUGCAAUUAAAAUUAUAUGAUCCUUGGUCUGAC